AGGACUUACCUCGAGCUGAGAAAUUCUAUCUAUAUGAUGCUUUCCUGGAACCUUACGAAAAAAAUGCUUCCUUAAUAGAUCUUCUCCCAGAAAGUAUGCUCCCACUGGUUCAUGAGCACUGGUAUAAUUAUCCACCUAUCAAGAGCAUGUGGCACUAUAUUCUAGGUGUCGUUAUUAUCAUCUACGGUCUGGUUAGCCUACCAGGUAAUGGAAUGGUAUUAUAUCUCAUGGCUUCAGUGAAGAGUUUGAGAACACCUGCAAAUCUAAUUGUUAUGAACCUAGCCUUUUCGGAUUUCUGCAUGAUAGCGUUUAUGAUGCCUGUAAUGGCACCCAACUGUUUUGGAGAAACGUGGAUUUUAGGUCCACUCAUGUGCGAAAUUUAUGGCAUGGUUGGAUCUUUGUUCGGUUGUGGUUCGAUCUGGAGCAUGGUUAUGAUCACAUUGGAUCGUUAUAACGUUAUUGUACGAGGGAUGUCUGCACCACCUCUGACUCGACUUAGAGCCUUUGGUAAUAUUGUCUUCAUAUGGUUUUGGUCUAUACUCUGGACAGCAGCGCCAUUUUUAGGUUGGAGCAGGUAUGUUCCUGAAGGCGCUAUGACAGGAUGCACUGUGGAUUACUUAAGCACAGAGCCUAAUCCCAUGUCUUAUCUUAUUCUAUACGCCCUUGCAGUGUAUUUCGCACCUCUAACUAUCAUGAUCUUUUGCUACAGUUCUAUAGUGUAUCAAGUAGCUUCACAUGAGAAACAACUCAGAGACCAGGCUAAAAAAAUGAACAUUGCAUCUUUACGAGCUAACACCGACAACCAGAAAAAAAGUGCUGAAUUCAGACUAGCCAAGGUUGCCCUUAUGACGGUAAUCUUAUGGUUUAUUGCAUGGACUCCGUAUUUGACCUUAUCAUUUGCUGGAAUAUUCUCAGACAGAAAAUACGUAACACCCAUGACAUCAAUGUGGGGAGCUGUGUUUGCAAAAGGCAGCGCCUGCUAUAACCCCAUCGUGUAUGGUAUCAGUCACCCGAAGUACAAAGCUGCUUUGCAAUCACGAUUCAAAUGCUUCGGCGGUGGAAAAUCUGAAGAUCCUAAAUCGGAUGUUUCCACAGUUUCAAGCGAAAUGGACAAAAGUAUUCCAGAGUAAUAUAGCUGUAUACUGUUGAAAGGAUUCUAUACUUGUAUCAAAAUAUACACAUAUGUCUAAAGCUUUCGGAAAUAAAGCAAACCUAAUACUAAA